AUGCGCAGGGGCCCCCCUGGAGGGUCGCAGGGCCGGGGGCCCCCCGGAGGCAGCGGAGCGGCGGGGCCCCCCGUUGCGCGCGCUGCUGCAGCGAUGCAGCAGCAAGUGGGGAAGGUGCGCAGCGCCACGCAAGCUGCUGCUGCACCGCUGGUGCAAAAGGCCUCCGAAGGCGUGCGGGCGCUGCUGCGGCUGGUGAGCUCCAGCGAGAGCAGCUACUUCGUGGAGGGGGAGCAGCAAGCUGCGCAGAUCCGGCAGCAGCUGGCGAGCAGCAGCACGGAGCUGAAGCUGGCGGGGCUGCGGCGGGUGCUGGCAGCAGAAGCAGCAGCAGCAGCAGCAGCAGCAACGGGGCCCUCCCCCUUCUUCGCAGACGUCCUCAAGAACCUCUCCACCCCCGACUUCGAACUCAAAAGACUUGUUUAUCUUUACCUCGUGCUGCAUGCACAGGAAGCCCCAGACUUGGCGCUGCUGGCCCUCAAUGGCUACCAGAAAGACCUCUGCAGCAGCUCCCACGUGCUGCGCGCAGCAGCACUUAAGUCCUUGUCUUCGCUGCAGCUGCUGGAGGCGGCGCAGCUGCUGCUGCACAGUCUCCGCCGCGCAGCAGCAGACACGUCCCCCCUUGUCCGCAAGACUGCAGCGCAUGCAGCAGCAAAACUCUUCUUCCUCGACGCAGACCAGCGCCACGAGCUCGUGCUGCUGCUGCUGCAGCUGCUGGCGGACGGCGAGCUCGCCGUUGCUGGCGCUGCACUUGUCUCCUUCCGCCUUGUCUUCUUCCAGUCCCUCCAGGCCUCUCCGGGGCCCCAGGGGGGCCCCCAGGGGGGCCCCCACGGCGGGGGGCCCCCGGGGGGGCCCCAGGGGGGCCCCGGGGGGCCCCUCGAACGCGGGGGGGCCCCCGAGACCCAGGAGGAGGCCAGCAGCAGCAGCAGCACCUGCAGCAGCAGCACCUGCAGCAGCAGCAGCAGCAGCAGCAGCGGCAGCAGCGGCGUGAGCCCGCCGCGGCUGUCGUCCGUGGCCUUCCUGGCGUCGCGGAGUCUCCGGGGGGCCCCCCUGGCUGCUGGGGAGGGUCUCGAGCCGGCGCAGGGGCCCUCGGCUGGGGGCCCCUCGGGGGGCACCCUGGGGGCCCCCGGGGGGGCCCCCGGAGGGGCCGUCGAGCGGCGGUGCAAGCCGCUGCCGCGGGACUUUGAGCGGUUUGUUGCUGCUGCCGAGCUGCUGCUGAGCAGCGACAGUGCUGCAGUGGUGGCUUCAGCUUGUGCUGCAGUGCAGCAGCUGCUGCCAGCGAGCUGCUGGGGCUGCGUGGUGUCUCCGCUGCUGCGGUGUCUGUACACCUGCGGGGCGGACCUGAAGGAGCUGCUGCUGCGGGUGGUGCACUCUUUUGCUGCUGCUGCUCCGUGGCUGUUUCAGCAGCACUUGCGGGAGUUUUUCGUGAAGCAGGGGGACUGUGCUGCAGUGCGGCAGCAGAAGCUGCUGCUGCUGCUGCUGCUGGGGCUGGCGGACGCGGCGAGCCUGCCGCUGCUGCUGCCCGAGCUCCGGGUGUACGUACACUGGGACGGAGACGCAGCACUUGCUGCUGCAGCAUGCAGGGCCCUCACGCUGCUGGCGCUGCAGCACCAGCAGGCCCAGGGCUUUUGCUUGCGGCAGUUUGCUGCGCUGCUGGACUCGCGGUCUGCUGCUGCUGCUGCUGAGGCGGUGGUGGGCGUGCGGACGCUGGUGCAGCAGCAGCAGCUGCAGCAGGACGACGCAGCAGCGGCGCGGCUCGUGCUGCAGCUCGCUGCGCAGCUGCAGCGCCGCACUGCUGCUGCAGCAAGGGCCUCCGUCAUUUGGCUGCUGGGCCGCCACCACCAGCAGCUUUCUUGGCUAGCAGCAGAUGCGCUGCGGCAGCUAAUAAGGGGUUUUCGAGAAGAAGCAGAAGAAGUGAAGCUGCAGCUGCUGCUGCUGGCCACGCGCCUCUGGGCCUUCCACCGGGCCAACGCCGCCCGCGGCCCCCCGCAGCAGCAGCAGCAGCAGCAGCAGCAGCAGCAGCUCCUCCUGCUGCAGCAGCAGCUCCACUACAAGCAGCAGACUCCCGAGGAACAAGCAGCUCACCUGCUGCAUAUGGACGGCGGAGACGAGCAGCAGCAGCAGCAGCAGCAGCAGCAGCACAAAGAACUCCCCUGGAACCCCGUCUCGCCUGCCCUCUCCUAG